AUGGCAGAAGAAGACCCGCUUUUGGCAGCGUUAAACGAAGAAAACGGCGAUCGUGGCGCCACUUCCGCAUCAGAUCCGGCCCCAGAAGUCGACACUGAACGCCAGAGGGCGCUUUCUCGUUUCAAAGACAAACUUUUGGAACAUCGUCGAUGGGACGCUCGACUCAAGGAGUUGCGAAUGAGUAUACGAGAUCUCGACAAGGACUACGACAAGACAGAAAACGAUAUCAAGGCGCUCCAGCUGGUGGGCCAGAUUAUUGGGGAGGUGUUGAAACAGUUGGAUGACGAAAGAUUUAUUGUAAAAGCAUCGUCGGGGCCACGGUAUAUUGUCGGGUGCCGUAACACAAUCAAGAAAGAAAGUCUCAAAAAUGGAGUACGAGUGGCAUUGGACAUGACCACGUUGACCAUCAUGCGGAUCUUACCUCGUGAAGUGGACCCAUUGGUGUACAAUAUGACCACUUUUGAGCCGGGUGAAAUAUCGUUCAACACCAUCGGUGGAUUGACCGAACAGGUUCGUGAAUUGCGUGAGGUGAUUGAGCUUCCGUUAAAGAACCCCGAGCUUUUCACCAGAGUGGGUAUCAAGCUGCCCAAGGGAGUGUUGCUCUAUGGACCUCCAGGAACCGGUAAGACAUUGCUCGCCAAGGCAGUGGCUGCCACCAUCGGUGCCAACUUUAUAUUUUCCCCUGCAUCGGCCAUUGUCGACAAGUAUAUCGGUGAAAGUGCCCGUUUAAUCAGAGAGAUGUUCGCCUACGCCAAGGAACAUGCCCCAUGUAUCAUCUUCAUGGAUGAAGUGGAUGCCAUUGGUGGACGUCGUUUCAGUGAGGGAACAUCGGCUGAUCGUGAAAUUCAACGUACUUUGAUGGAGUUGCUCAACCAGAUGGACGGUUUCGAUACAUUGGGCCAGACAAAGGUUAUUAUGGCCACCAACCGUCCCGACACAUUAGAUCCUGCGUUGUUGCGUGCUGGUCGUUUGGACCGUAAGAUCGAAAUCGGCUUGCCUAACGAGGCUGGUCGUCUUGAAAUCUUCAAGAUCCACACAUCCAAGGUAUCGAAGCAGGGCGAGUUCGAUUUCGAGGCAGUCGUUAAAAUGAGUGAUGGGUUCAAUGGUGCUGAUAUUCGUAAUGUUGUCACCGAGGCAGGGUUCUUUGCUAUUCGGGACGAGCGAGACUACAUUAUACAAAACGACCUCAUGAAGGCGGUCCGUAAGGUUGCCGACGUCAAGAAGUUGGAGGGCAAGUUAGACUACGAGAAGUUGUGA